CUCGCGGCUCGCGCACGUCAGUGUAGUUUAGGUAUUCGUAGCCGCGUCGCGACUGUACCGUCGGGUGUGAUAAGUUUAAUGGAUUUCGUGCUAAGAAAACACAGCAAGUGACCUUGUGUUGGCGAGUGAUUAAAUAAAUUUCUGACCACUAAAGAUAUAAUAUUUCACAAUGUCGGAUAAUACGCAGGAUAUAAUAAAGGAAGCAGCAGCCGCGGCCGCUAUGAGUGGAUCAUUAUUUAGCACAUUCGAUAUAAUAAUGCUAGUCAUCUUAUUUGGGGCAGCUGUUUGGUGGCUCUACAGUUCUAGAAAGGAAAACAAGAAAGAUGAUUUGUUGCUCAGUAAAUAUUCAAUUCAACCAGCAGGAUCAAUACAAGUGACUGAAAAUUCUUUUAUAAAAAAACUUCAAUCAUCUGGUCGAAGUCUCGUCGUAUUUUACGGUUCCCAAACUGGUACUGGAGAAGAAUUUGCGGGACGACUCGCUAAAGAAGGUAUUCGUUACAAGAUGAAGGGUAUGGUUGCUGAUCCAGAAGAGUGUGACAUGGAAGAACUAACAAAAUUAAAGGACAUUCCUAACUCUCUUGCGGUAUUUUGUGUGGCAACUUAUGGUGAAGGAGAUCCUACCGACAAUGCCAUGGACUUCUAUGAAUGGCUGAAAAAUGGAGAACCCGAUUUGACAGGAUUGAAUUAUGCUGUAUUUGGACUUGGGAACAAAACAUAUGAGCAUUAUAAUGCUGUUGCUAUUUAUAUGGACAAGCGUAUGGAAGAGCUAGGUGCUACAAGAGUAUAUGAGUGUGGACUAGGUGAUGAUGAUGCCAAUAUUGAAGAUGACUUUAUCACAUGGAAAGACAAAUUUUGGCCUGCAGUUUGUGAAAAAUUCAAUAUUGAAAGUACUGGAGAAGAAGAACUGACAAGACAGUUUAGUUUAGUGACACAUCCACCAGGUGAAAUAGCACCAAAUGAUGUCUUUACUGGUGAAAUCUCUAGACUACAUUCGCUUCAAAAUCAAAGACCGCCCUUUGAUGCGAAGAAUCCAUUUUUGGCACAAAUUACUGUUAACAGAGAGCUGCACAAAGGUGGUGAUAGAUCAUGUUUGCAUGUAGAAUUAGAUAUAUCUGGAUCCAAGAUGAGAUAUGAGGCUGGUGAUCAUGUUGCUGUGUAUCCAAUAAACGACACAGACUUGGUAAAUCGGUUAGGAGAGUUGAGUGGUGCAGAUUUAGACGAAGUAUUCUCACUAAUUAACACAGAUCAAGAGAGCACAAAGAAACACCCAUUCCCCUGUCCGACAUCAUACCGUACUGCACUCUCACACUAUUUAGAAAUUACCGCGUUGCCACGGACACAUAUUCUGAGAGAAUUAGUGGAAUACUGUUCAAAUGAAGAGGAUAAAAAUAAACUACUUUUAAUGGCCACUAGUUCUCCAGAAGGUAAAGCGCUCUAUCAAUCUUUUGUGGUUGAUGCGUGUAGGAACAUAGUGCAUAUAUUGGAAGACAUUAAAUCCUGUAAGCCUCCUUUGGACCAUGUCUGUGAACUUCUGCCUCGACUUCAACCGAGAUAUUAUUCAAUUUCAUCCAGCCCAAAACUGCAUCCAGAAACUGUGCACGUGACGGCGGUGGUAGUGAAGUACAAGACAGCAACAGGCCGCAUCAACAAAGGAGUGGCCACAACAUGGCUGGCAGAGCAUAAGCCGGAAGAGGGGAAACCCCUGCCCCGAGUACCGGUCUACAUCAGGAAGUCACAAUUCCGGUUACCGUUACAAAGUCAAACACCGAUAGUGAUGGUCGGGCCCGGCACCGGACUGGCUCCGUUCCGUGGCUUCCUGCAGGAGCGCUCGUUCGCUCGCAAGAACGGCAAGGACGUCGGCGACACAAUCCUCUACUUCGGCUGCAGACAUCGGGAUCAGGACUACAUUUAUCAACAGGAAUUGGAAGAGUUCGAAAAGAACGGUGACGUCCAGCUAAAUGUGGCCUUUUCUAGGGAUCAAGAUAAAAAAAUCUACGUUACGCAUUUGUUAGAAAAUAAUUUAGAGCAAUUGUGGGAUAUUAUUGGCAAGAGGAAUGGACAUUUCUAUAUUUGCGGUGACGCUAAAAACAUGGCGGUGGAUGUUCGUAACAUUGUGAUCAAGGCGGUCAAGGAAGUGGGCGGUCGCUCGGAGGCCGACGCCGUGCAGUUCCUCAAGAAGCUGGAGUCCAUGAAGAAAUAUUCAGCCGACGUGUGGAGCUGAACAGACACGCUACGACAACCAUUACCAGGGCUACUUGUACAACACUAAAAGCCUUGCAACUGUGAAUGAUAGACCAAAUUUUUUAUUGUAGCUACAUUGUCGUAUCUAAGAAUUUGUAGAUCUGUAAACGUGGCCCCGCACCUUUCCGUUACGGUCCGCCAUGUUUGUUUACUUACCUAGCGUCAUCUCUUGUAACCGUGACGAAUUGACCGUUCAGGAAAUAAAUUAUUCUUCUUUUAAUGCACAUCGUCAGCUUUUUAAAUUCGAUUGUAUCAUCAUCAAAACUUUAAGAUGUUUGUAACCGAGGUUACUUUCUUCGCCUAAGACUUUUUCCCUCCAACAUAUGCAUUAUGAUGAGCUAAAGCAGCUUACAUUGUAUCGAGAGCACAUAGCCGAGAAACUCUUAGCGCCUCUUAAUAACAAGUAUCAUUUUUGAAGCAAAGGAAAAAAAUAAGCUUUCCUGACCUUUUGUAUCCAGGUGCCUCCUUCAUAGUCCACGCUUGACAACCGUACACCAUGAUACGCCAGGUAUAACAAAGAAGUGGUUACUUCGGAGCUUUAUGUGUUCUUCUCGAAAACAUAGGAUUUCCUCAUUUUAUGAAAAGAUCCUUUUCUGCAUCACUGAUUAAUAUUAUUAUAAUGAUCAAAAACCCUUUCAUUGAUUUUUUAUCAUCUAUGUUUAGUACAAAGAGUAUUUAUUUUGUACAUGUAUCUAACGGUAAUAAAACAAACCGUACUGACGCAGCACGACGAGCGUGAGGGGGUGAAAGAGAGACGGGAAGGGGGCAUUACGUUCCAGCGAGGUCCAGACAUAAUAUGGCCGUGUAGUACGAUUAAUUGACAGGCCGGUCCUCUCACUAAGCAAAUUAUUAAAAGAUACGGUUAGGUCAAAAAAUGUUAUUUUCAUUAUGUUAGUGAUAUAGGAGUAGUGUGCGAGGAAAUAGUGUUUUACAAAUGACCCUGGCUACCGUUAGCUUAAUUCUUAUUUAAUGAGAUACGAGUACAUGUUUGUAUGAUAUAAAUAUAUAUUAGAAUGGGACGCGUGAAUGCGGUGUGGUGGGGUGGCGAGGUUGGAAUGUACACUUUGGAUCAUUGUGGAGCUCUGAAACGUAACUAAUGAAACAGGGUAACAGUUAUAUAGGCUGUAAUCGUUUAGUGUAACCAGGUGAUUAAUCUGUAAAAUGACGUCAAUAAGAUUUUAUUUAUAUAUUUUUGUUAUUAAACACUCCCAUACAUCUAGUAUGAGAUUAGUAGAAUACACCUGUAUACAGGAAAUUUGAAUGUUUCAUUGUCGGUGUGUUAGUAAACCUGUGUUGUUACAUUCAAUACGAAUGGCAAAUAUGAGGUCAAAAUAAAAACUUCCUUCGAUUUACACCUGUAUUUUUAUAUUUCGACGUUUUGAUAUAAUUUAAUAAUUUAAAAUUCCAAAUGGUAUGGUCUCGGGCAAUGAUUGAAUAAUUUAAUGUUUUAGUAAAACAAAUACGUAAUAGUGCAUAACAGGUACCGUCGAAAUAUAAUGUCCAUUUAAUUUUAUCGACAUAAUGAAAGAUCUGCUAUCGAAAACAUGUGAACAGUGACUAGCACAUGGGCGCACCCGUCCGUCAAAAGAUGGAAGCAGUCUUCUGCUUACACACAACACAGCGUUCAAGUUAACCUUUAUUAUAAUUUUUCGUCAAGCUAAUAACUCUGAACAGCACUUACAUUAUCUUCGGGGGAAAUACUCCCCAGUUCAUUCAAUUUCAGUGUAGAACCCGAUUCAAAUACUUUGAAUGUGCGAACUUUAAAAUGGCGACAAAUGUCAUGUUAGUGAAAUCAAUGAUGAGACAGUAUAUUUGAUUGUAUUACGAGUUUGUUUAGUAAAAAUGUUAUGGUGUUUUAAAUUAUAAAUUGAACAAUAAAAUUGUGUAUUUUGUUAACAAGUUAGUAGUUGUUAUGUUAUUCAAAGCGAGUUGUUUGUUAUCUAAGUGGAAUGGGUAAAUAGCUGUAAAGUAACUUGGUUAUACUUUUUAAUUUUUGUACAAUUAAAGUAAUAUAAGUAAAUUUCAUAUAUAUAUUAUCUAUA